GUCUCUGCUCCUCUCGGCCUUGAACACAUCGUGAACGCACGUGCGCGCGCAGCGGCUGACGCACGACACGGACACGGGUCUUUUUCUUGGAAAACCCCAUUUGCUGCCGUGCUCGUCCAAUCGCCAGCGGUCUUCGGCUCAUACAUUGUGUGACUUGACGUUUUCGCUUUCUGCCUUUCAUCCGCGCCCGCUGAGGAGAUCCCGAGUCCCCCUCACGACAGAUCCCCCCUUGAGAUGAGUGUUUGGACUUUACGACACCGUGACGCACGACCGAAAGUCAGCCAGUUCCGCGCGCCAGCACCGUGACAUCUGAGGUAGGACAUGCAGGACAAGUCGAAGGACGUCCAGCGCGCGACUUCAUCGAGGGCGUCGUCGUUUUUUAUCGAGAACCUGCUGCGCAGUGGGCUGGAUGAGCCGGGGUCUGCGCCUGGCAGCUGCUGGACGGACUGUGGUGCCGAAGCUGCAGCAACGCAGCGCCACCCUGAAGCAUUUCACGGGCCCGCCGGGAGCGCCCCAGCGCCGGAGGAGUCCGCAUUCAGAAGACGCUCUUCAGAGGCGUGGAGCCUCGCAAAGUCCACUGCGACUUUCGGAGCCUCAGAAUCGUCACACAGUCCACGGGGCAACACGAGUUCGGGGGAUCCGAGCUGUGACCGGGCUUCACCCGCCGUGUCCGAGCCCACGACUGAGAGCAGCGACGAAACCGACAGGAAAACUGGCGACUGCUGCUUAACGGACGACAACGAGGACGCACCGAGCGCCUUUGACGCACGUUCCGAGCCGGACGCGGCGCCGGAGCCGGGCUGCACCCGCAAGAAAAAGACCCGGACCGUGUUCAGUCGCAGCCAGGUGUUCCAGCUGGAGUCCACUUUCGACGUCAAACGCUACCUGAGCAGCACGGAGAGGGCGGGCUUGGCCGCGUCUCUCCAUUUGACAGAGACGCAGGUGAAGAUCUGGUUCCAGAACAGGAGGAACAAGUGGAAGCGGCAGCUCGCCGCUGACCUGGAGGCAGCGCACAUCCCAAACUCCAGCCAGCGGAUCGUCCGGGUGCCCGUUCUGUACCAUGACGGGGGAGCGCCCGCCGCCGCCGCCGCGGCCGCCGGCGCGUUGAGCUUCAGCCUGAGCCGGCAUCCGGGCUCUGCCCCGGCGGUGGGCUUCUCAGGCUCCGUCUACCCCCUGUCGUCGUUUGCUCACUCCAUGAGCGUGCUCAGGGCGCAGAUGACCGGCUUGGUGUGAGGACUGCAGCAGACCUCCGUUAGUCAAGAACACAAACGGGCAGCCUGCGUCUAAAGAGCGGGAUAUUUUACAUUUCUGCUCAGAAGAGGACUGUAAAACUUUUAUGUUUGAAAACACAUAUUUUUGCUAAAAUUUAUAUUUAAAGUCACGCGUUUCCAGGUUUCUCACAUUUUCACAGAAUAAAAAAAUCAAGCACUU